AUGGGGCCUGGCUGCUUCACAGAGCCACCUCUCUGCAGAAACUCUGGAAUCUGGUGUGUUGGGAGCCUGCCAACCCCCUGUCAACUGCUUCAAGCUGACUGAGAGGGAGAGAAGUUGUUGUGGAAACGCACACAUGCACCUCCCUCAUGCCCUGAGGCUAAGAACCACCCCACCACAUACCAAAUCACAUUCUUUACCAGGAGCUGAAGCCCAACCUGAAACAGCAAGUUCUUAUCCUAACUCCUGAUGUUUGCAACCUCGGGUACUCUGAAUCCUACCCCAUAAACCCUUUGCAGCUGAUCCAUUGAGGUUAAAAAAACACAGUAUUUUGUAGUUACUGGGAAACGGUGAUUUUAGGAAGCAGAUCCCACCUCAUCCCUAUGAGAAAUCCUUAACAGCAGCUCUCAGAUGGCAGCUGUUCCUCUACAGCUUCUGUUUUAUGUAAAUGGAUUUUAUUUAGUCCUUUACAUCGUGGCAAGUCUCACAAUGUUGAUCUAUAAAGGUCAAACUUUCAGCUAUCCAGGAGAUUUUCUGUCUGUUGAUCUUACCCUGCUUGUCAUUAUGGCCAUUGCUGAAGUGCUCCGGUUGUACCUGGGUGUAAGGGGGAACCUGGCAGAAGAAGACAGUUUGUUGGGGCUCAGCCUUGUGAUGAUAGUGGGCAGUGUGUUUCUGGCUGUGUAUUUCCUGGUGUGGCAAACCUAUGUGCUGAAAACAGACAUCAUCCUCAACAGUGUUCUGCUUGUCCUCUAUGGGAUGGAGUCAAUUCUCAAGGUCUCAGCCAUUGCUGCUUUUAACGGAUAAACCUACAGGUCUUCAACGUGGUAUCAACACAUUUCUAAUAUAAAAGGUUGGGGUUCUAGUUCAUACAUUUAAUACUUUUAUAUAUAAAGUCCUGUAAAACUUUCCUCUGUUUAAAGUACAUGGUUUUGAGGGGCAGACCUGAGUGACAGGUAAAACAUCCUGUCCAGCAGCUGUGUUACGCUCUCUGCACUGUCAGCUUAUGGGCUGACAAGAGGUGAUUCAGCAAGACCUCUUAAUGCUCUGGUAUUCCUCAGGGAUCCACACUCCCUAUUCAUUCCCAACACACAACAGCAACCAGGGCAUCAUCUGAGCCCUGUUGAGAUGCUUGGAUCACAGCACCUGCACCCAGAGUGACACAGAACUGAAUCAGGGUGACACAGCACGGGCUCAUUUCUGCUGUACCACCACGUUCGUGUUUGAGGGCACAGUUUCUCUGCUGCUCUCAUUUGUGUUCUCAGACCCCAGUGGUAAUUACCCUGACUUUACUAGGGCAGAACCUGAUUUAUCCCUGUGGGAAUGAGCUGAAUUGAGUUUUGUGCACAGUCGGAGAGCUGAGCUGCAGGGUUUGGGCAGCUGGAAAGACCAAAGGCCUCUGUAGCAUGAGGGUGUGUUAGUUUAACUAGGAUGGCUUUAAGAUGAGCCUAAACAUUCACUUGCUCUUCUGGCCUACUUAAAAGUUCCAACAGGAGUAUUUCUGUUUGAUGUUACACGUGUUUAUACUACAAAAAUGACUACAUUUAAGUCUUGUCUUUCAAGUUAUGAGCUGUGUUGAAGCUCAGGGUUUUUACUGUAUCAAACCCAUUUGUUAAUGGGAAGUUUGGGGUGUUUGGGGGGGUUUGUACA